AUGGGGACAAAUCAUGAUGGUGCGCUUCACCACCUCGAGGAGGAGCUUCACACGAAGAUCUACCCCGGAACGGAGAUUAUGACAGAUGUUGGGUCCCAUCAUUUCGUCAAAUCUUCCAUCAACUCCAAGCAGGUUCUUGUGCCACAGCCAUCCAAUGAGAAGCAUGACCCUCUGAACUGGAACCGACGCUGGAAGUUCGCCAUUAUUGCGCUGUCGACCACCCUUAGUUUUGCACAAGGACUAGGACCUCUUGCUCUUGCGCCAAUGUUUGGGGAGCUCAUUGAAGCGUUCCAUAGUGAUUUGCCUUCGGUUGUACGGUUUACAGGAGUGUGUAUCCUAGUUCUCGGAUUCAGUAACUUUAUUUGGGUUCCCAUGGCCCAAACCAUCGGAAGACGUCCGGUAGCAAUCUUUUCAUCUCUGAUCUGUCUAGCUUCGAUGAUCUGGCGAGCCAAAGCGACCACAUACUCGAGCUUCAUGGGUGCUUGUAUCCUGAAUGGUAUCGGAGCCGGCCCUUCUGAGUCUCUUCAACCUCAAGUCAUUGCGGACACUCUAUUUCUCCAUGACCGAGGAGCAUAUAACACGCUCUAUUUUACAUUUUACUUCGGUUCGCUAAUGGUCGGCCCAAUCAUCUCAGGUUCAAUGGCUUAUCAUGUUGGAAUGCAAAAUUUCUGGUGGCUCAAUGUAGCCUUGUUUGCAGUUCUGAUUAUCCUUUUGAUAUUCUUUUUCCCGGAAACCAAGUGGCAUCGAGACCAGCCGCUGGAGGCGGAUACUGUGACUCCCACAUCAACAGAGCUACAAACGCCUCCUAACCCGAAGGGCGAGAUAACCCAGCCUACCGAGAUCGAAAGCACCAAGAAUGAGGCCGAACCCGUGGAUGAAUGGCUACAUCGUGGCUCCCCAGCCAAAUCCCAGUUUCACUUCUGGAAGCUUUCUCCUGAACCCGUUAAGACAAUGGCCAUCACGCUGUGGAUUCCGUGGAAACUCCAUUUCUUCCCCAUCGUCGAAUUCGCAGCCUUUGUCGUUUCAUGGUCUGCCUCGGUGUAUUUGACGGUGAAUUUGACUCAAAGUCAAGUAUUCGCUGCACCACCGUACAAUUGGUCCAGUCAGUCUAUCGGCUUUACCAACUUUGCGGUUUUCAUCGGUGCUCUUAUCGGUUUGGCGACGAAUGGACCUUUGUCGGAUUGGAUAUCUAUGCGCGCAACACGCAAGAAUAACGGAGUUCGUGAGCCGGAGAUGCGUUUGCCUGCUAUGAUUCCAUACGUCCUGAUAGCGAUUUUGGGAAAUUUUAUCGUUGCAUUCGGUUAUCAGCAUAGCUGGGAUUGGAGGAUCAUUGUCAUCAUCGGCUACACCUGUUCCGGUAUCCAAGUCGCUGCCCUCCCCGCCAUUGCUAGCACAUAUGCUGUCGACAGUUACAAACCCGUCGCCGGGUCUCUCUUCGUGAACAUUACAAUUAACAAGAAUCUGUGGGGUUAUGGUUUCAGUGAAUUCAUCACUAAUUGGAUUGACAUGAGCGGGUUUCUCUCACCAAUCAUGUUGAAUAUGUGUCUUCACGUCUUGUGGUGUUCCUUUGGAAUUGUGUUUUAUUUCUGGGGAAAGCAGUGUAGGAAGUGGACUGCAAAGUCGAGCGUGCACCAGAUGAGUGAUAUUUAG